AGCAAGUUAGCAGUUGCAAAACAGUAUUGACACCAAUAAAUUGUGCUUAAAAUAACCGAAAACCUCUUUUAGGGCAGGCAAACGAAGCAAGGAAACAAACAUGGCUGCAGUGAUCCCAGAACUACCACCAAUUGUGAACAAUUCGUUCAAAGUGAAGGCUGUCACUUACCACAGUUACAAGACUCCGUUGACGACCAAGGAGGUGGAGAUUCCUGUAACCGCAGGAUCGAUCGUCAAGCCAACAGAGGUUUUGUUACAAAUAAAGGCCACGUCCAUUAACCCUAUUGACUGCAUUUUCAAAGGCAUGAGUUACGGCUUCUUGGGGCCUAAGGACAAGAUUAUUGGAGGCGAUUUUUCCGGGAUCGUAGUCAAGGCGGGGGCAGAAACCAAGUUCAAGCCAGGCGACAAGAUCUUUGGUGACGUUUUGAGCGUCACCAGAAGAGGCUCUUCGUCUGAGUACAUUAUUUUCGAACCAAAAGUGGCGCAGGUCUGCGAGUUGAUUCCUGAAGGCAUGACUUUCGAGCAGGCGGCUUCUCUGCCUAUUGUCUCCGGAACAGCGUAUCAGUGUUUGUACUCGCAUCGUGGCUCCUUGGAAGGCAGCAACGUGCUGGUGCUUGGCAGUGGUACCUCAGUCGGCACAUAUGCUGUCCAGUUUGCCAAACACUACUUCAAGGCGGCCAAGGUUGUCGCUACGUGCUCUGCAAGUUCUGCAGAGAAGAGCAAGAAAGCAGGUGCAGACGUCGUUGUCGAUUACACAAAGGGGAAGAGUGUCAAGGUCAACCAGAUUUUGGAGUUUGUGAAGGAGCACGGCAAGUUUGACAUCGUUGUCGACGCCGUCAGAGACGAGGACUUGAUUCCAUACUUCUCACACGUUUUGAAGCCGGUUUCCGAGAACGGUAUCUUCUCUCAAGUCGAAGGGUCUUACACUAUCGACUACUCCCACGUCCACCUCUACCAAUUCGUCCCAAGUUGGAAAAAAUUUGUCUCGGUUGUCAAGUACAAAUUGGGUUUAUACGAUUACUUCAUUGAUACCGUUUUAUUGAUGAACACCAAGGGCUAUGGAGAUGCUGUCAGAACGUUGUGGGCAAACCGUGAGUUGAGCAUCCCUAUCGACUCUGUCUAUGAUGCUUACAGCGAUGCCCAGGUUGCUCUCGAAAGAGUUGCGUCUGGUAAGGCCAAAGGUAAGGUUGUUCUUAAGUUUUAAGGACCCCCUUCCAGUUCUUUUUCUUUCACUUCGAUUUUUGCUUUUAGCCGCUUUUCUUACUCAAAUUAAUAAUACGUGAUUUAGUUGUAUUUAGUAAAACAUUAUAAAGAAGCGUGGGGUUAGUUCCACCAGUACGGGAAAUGAAAGUAAAGCGAAGGUAGUAAUGGCGCAGAAAAAAACAUGCAGUUCAGAAAAGGACAAACACCUUUUUGUGAGUUUCCACCAAGCUUGUAACCAAUUCUAAGUUAUAGUCCGCAGAAACGAUCACCAAGCUAUCCAGAUUCGCACUUUUGACCGAAGGAACAGGCUCCGCAAGGGAUUUGUUUGUUUCGAGGGAAAGGUGAACGUUUCUGAAAGUUUCUUCGUCCGAAGACAACCAGGAAGAAAUUAUAUCGUAUGUUUCCGACUCGUUUUCAAUAUUGGUCAAAACAACGUUUGCAAUAAUAAGAUCUUUCCGACGCAUGAGAAUGUCAAAUAGCUUCAUUCCG